AUGGCCGAGAACUGGGACCACCUGGAGGAGCAUCUGGAGAACAUCCGGCAGCUCGGCAUCAUCGCCAGCGACUUCCAGCCCAGCAGCCAGGCCGGGCUCAACCAGAAACUGAAUUUGAUCGUGGCCGGCUUACAGGAUAUUGGUAAGUGCAGACAGCAGCUUCCAGACAUGACUGUACCUUUAGAAGUUUUCGAAUAUAUAAAUCAAGGUCAAAACCCACAACUCUACACCAAAGAGUGCCUGGAAAGAGCUCUGGCGAAAAAUGAACAAGUUAAAGGGAAGAUUGAUACCAUGAAGAAAUUUAAAAGCCUGUUGACUCAAGAACUUUCUAAAGUCUUUUCAGAAGACAUGGCUAAGUACCGAAGUAUCUGAGGGGAGGACCAUCCCUCAUCAUAACUUCCUCUUCGAACAUCCAGUCCUGUGUGAAUCACCAU